UCUUAUCGCUAACAGAGCAGAAUGGAUGUACUGGUUGUGAUGCUACUUUUAAAGACUUGAUAGAGGCUAGUUAUCGUCCUGAUUCAAGUAAGAAGCUUUAGCAGAAUGUACCAGUGACGUUAAUGAACAGAGUGUGGCUCGCAGCUGGCUCGUUUCCUGGCUCGAAAUGGGAAAAGGCUGUAAAGUUGUGGUGUGUGGCCAGGCAGCUGUUGGAAAAACUGCCAUACUGGAACAGUUGCUGUACGGAAAUCACUCUGUAGGCUCUGAGUCCAGUGAGACCCAGGAGGAUGUGUACGUGGCCUCCGUGGAAACGGACCGCGGUGUGAAGGAACAGCUGAGGCUUUAUGACACCAAAGGCCUCCACGAUGGACAGGACCUCCCCAAACACUACUACUCGGUGGCGGACGGCUUUGUGCUCGUCUACAGCGUCGACAGCUUGGAGUCUUUCAAGAAGGUGGACGUCCUGAAGAAGGAAAUAGACAAGUCCAGAGAUAAGAAAGAGGUGACGGUGAUCGUGCUGGGGAAUAAGAUGGACCUGCGGGAGCGUCGCCAGGUGGACCAGGAGGCGGCGCAGCAGUGGGCGCGGGGCGAGAAGGUGAAGCUGUGGGAGGUGAGCGUUGCCGAGCGCAACUCGCUCAUCGAGCCCUUCACCCAGCUGACCAGCCGCCUCACGCAGCCCCAGAGCAAGUCGGCCUUCCCUCUGCCUGGACGCAAGAGCAAAGGCACGCCGUCCAACGACAUCUGAAGCUCUGACCAAUCCG